UCAUUCAGGCCCUUUUUCCGUUCGGGGCGGAGCCAGUCCAUUUUUAACCAGGAACGACGAUAACAACAACGUGUUAUUGUGGAGAUUUUUGUGGAGAUUUCAUUCUCAAUGUUUGCUCAUUUAUUCCUCAAAAACAUUAAAAUACACUUAUAAUUUAGGGUAUCCCUUCCAGUCUUGAAAAUAAAGUGGGCAUUGAAACAAGGGGACCAAGAUGGAUUCAGAUCAUGAGGAACAAGAUCCCCUGGCCAGCAUCCAGGAAAUAUUGGAGAAACACAAAAAGGCUAUUGAGGAUUCUGAAUCUGAGGAAAGAUGUAGUCAAGAUGAUCAUUCCAGUCCCCAGGGCUUUUCUUCGCGGGACGAGUCCCCCUCUUGGGAGCGACCCUCAUCGCGAGAUCAUUCCACAUCAAGGCGUCUUUCCCCAGGUCAUUCCUCGCGCGAUCAUUCCAAGUCAAGGGAACAUUCCAAGUCAAGGGAACAUUCCAGAACGCCAUCUUACGACCGAGAGAGAACCAGAUCGAGGGAGCAUUCCUCUUCACGUCAUUCCUCAGUUGAUCGAGCAAUGUCAUGGAGAAGCGAUGGAUCUGAAUCGCCUGGGCCAAGUCGACGAGAUCUGGAACCUAGUGAAACGAGUCAGCUUUUUCGCUCGUCCAGUUUUCAUGGAUACCGAAGCCCUCGGAGCCCUCUAGUGGCCUACCGCAGUUUCGCACGCUGUGGUUUUUGGAGUAAUCGAGAAUACGGAAGGGAUCAGCAGCCCACUACGUCUCGUGAUGAUCCUGGUCAGGUAGAAGAUAACGAUGCAACUGAUGGAAUGAAAGCACCACCAGUCACACAAGAACCGAAGGCAGAUGACCCUCCUUCCCGGGAUGAGUUGAUGUCUCAGUCUGCCAGUGAAGAUGACCUUGACAGUGAUGGCCAGAUGGUGGAGGGUAGCCCUCCGGUCAGGAGGGAGAAGAGAAAAAGGGCUGUGUCUGACCUAAGCACAGAGUCUGAGGGAGACUUGCUGGAUUCACCAGUUACUGAUCUGCCUGUUCUCCCGGGUGCCAGUAUGUUGUCGAAUGAACAUAACAAACACAGAAUCAGCCUGGCAAAGAAAGGUUCAUUGGCUAACAGAAGAAAACCAACACGUUCCAUGGCAAAGCAGACACAAUUCACUUCACUGUUCGAGUCAGCAGCGGAGGCAGGUAGCUUGCUUGAGGAGAUGGUUGAGGAGCCAGCAAGGCCACCGUCACGAGGCUCUAUUGGCUCACCGAAGUCCUCACCAGGAAUGAGCCGCAAACCAAAAGACGGUGCUUUAUCGUUAGGCAUGCUGAUUGGCAAGAGUCCGCCACCUGCUGUCAUGGCUAAACCUCACAUGGCUGGUGGGAUACGGAUGCCUGUUGCCUUGCCUGGAUUGGGGGCCCCAGCUCCUAAGUUGAGGAGUGUAAAAAAGCCUCCUGUACCCUUACCAGAGACAAAAACAGAAGAACCAACCCCUCCAUGGCUCACGGAUGCCAAGUUAAAGAAGUCGACCCCCAAACCUGACGAUAUUCCAUCCAAAGCAGAGAAGCCCGCAGAAAAACCAAAAGCCUCUUGGCUGGGUGGAAAAAAACUGCACAAAUCGCCACCAAAGCCAGAUGAAAAACCAGAGAUACGAGUGACUGAGGAGUCUUCUCCAAAAUGGCGAACCGGUUUACGGAGGACGGCUUCACAGAGGAAGGAUACGGAAUCAGACAAGUCUGAUGACGAUACACCGGCAUGGAGACCGAACCUUCGCCGGGCAGCUUCUCAGAAGAUUAGUUCAGAGCGGAUGGAUUCAGAUGGUGACAGUGACAGUGCGCCUCCUUGGUUGGGUGGAUUGAAGCGAACCCCGAAAAAGGAUGCAAAGGAUGACAUUGAGCCAAAGAGGGAAACAUCCCCUGUGCCGGCCUGGAUGGUAGAAGCCAAGAAGACGAAGAAACCGGCGGUACUACCUCCGAAGGAUACGGAAAAGUCUGCCUCACCCACGUUGAAGGAAAGAUUAAAACUUAAGAAGCGCGUACCUGCUGUGGAAACUGACUGUGAUAAGACAUCCACACCAAGGGCCCUGGAUAUGAAUGUGGGUCUGGAACCAACACUAAAGACCUCACCAGUCAAACUUGAACAAGAUCUGUCCCCGUCUUCUGUUAGCCUGGAGAUGGACACUGGACCUAGUAUGGUACCACCGGUGAAACAGACUGUUGACCAAGGCCCAGUAUUGUCUCCACCGACAAAAACUACAAUUGAGGCUGGACCAGUAAUGGCUCCCCCAGCUAGGCCUAGUGCCAUGAUUGGUGGUGCACUAGAUUUACAACCUCCAGCACGAUUCCAAAUGACCAGCGGACCUGAACUAAGUCCACCAUCACAAACCAAGACAGAAAUAGGACCAGAUGUUUCGCCGUCUCAGGUGACGAAACUCGAGAGUGGACCAGUUAUACAACCCCCGAGUGAUAAGCUACGACCUCUUCGUAAUGUCAAGGAUGAUAACGGUGGCAACAGUAGUUGGACACCACCGGCUGAGAGCGGUGCGAUCCCAGUGCCCUGGAUGCAGGAGACGAAGGUGCGGCGUAAGAAAUCUAUAAAGGAUGAAAACAAUGAGCGUGUGAAAGCAGACGGAGAUAACGGUGGAAAGCCUUCGUGGAUGAAGGAGGUCUUGGCCAGGAGAAGAAAAACACAAGAAAAGCUCUAUGUCAGGGACAAGGUCGCCUUGGAUAAUUUGGCUGAAAUGUCAAAUAAGGAGAAAGACUCGCCUUCGCAAUCCCCUCGGCAAGAAUCAAGGAAAUCAUCCUUAACAAAAACUGUGCCUUUGAAAGUGACAGACUCCAGCAACAUAUCCGGCCCAUCCUCCAGCUUAACUGAAUCCAAUAAAAAUGUCGAGUCCCAAAAUAAGACGAACGUUUCCCGCUCAAGGCAAUCCUCGAUCGGAUCUUCAGUUGGAUCUGAUCAUGAGCUGAUUUUAACUUACAUAGACAAUUCGGAUGACACGAUGAAAACGCCAACAAAGGUGUUCGAGCUUGACAACGCCACUGUCAGGUGUUCAUCAAGUGAUUUGUCGCCCCGUGAUAAAGACUUGUCUCCUCGCCGUGGGAAUUAUUCUAAUGGCAGUGAUUCAACGGGACGUGUUCUGAUGGACGAGAACACGCCACCGCAGGAUAGUCGUAGGAGCAGUGAUACAGCAUUAUACUCGACACCAUUCUCGCGAACUCAGGUGUUGCCACCAAUCAAGUCCCCUCCAGGUUCACAAGCAGAAGAAAAAGAAAAUACUGAAACCGUUCCAAGCUGGAGAGCUGAGAUAGCUGCAAGAAAGUAUGCACGUAAACUGUCACUGCCCAGGGCAGAUGAGGCUUUGAAAGCUGUCGAGAUCCCUCUGUGGAAGAAAGAGUUGGAGGAGAGAAAGAAAGAAAAGGCGAGUUCCAAGCCUGGUCCAGAAGAAGAUACCAGUAGCUCCUCCACCAUGUCAUCAGGUCAGCCAUUACCGCCGUGGAAACUUGAACUUGCUCAACGGAAAAAGAAACCACCGCUUUCACCCAAAUCCAUUGAACCUGCACAGGCUCAGACUCAGAGUGAAUCUGCUGCUCCGGAACCAGACUGGAUGAAACAGGUAUCGGAGAGAAGACGCCAGAGACUAGCAAAGUUUUUCAUUGUGGUGUUCUUGUGUCUGUUGUGUCUGAUGCUUUACAACACCAUCCACGUGAGUUGAUGCAGGGGUGAGGUAUGGAGGGAUUGCAUCCCGCACGCAUAGAAAGUGCUGGUUGAUCCAACUAAAGGUGUAUUCAUACUCUGACUUCAGACAAAUUCCAACUUCCUCGGUGUGGCUGCCACCGAAUUUUAAUUGGUUGGUCCCUGGCAAUUACAUGUAGUCACUGAAAUCUUGCUGGUCUUGGAGAAACAAGGAAAAGAUUUUUGAGAUCAGCUUCAAUAUUAAACAGAAUAAAAACAGCAACUAAACUUUUGCUACAUGUCAUUCGCCAUCAGUCAACACCUGGAGUAUGAAUUCGCCUUCUGAAGUUGGCGGGCAUAUGUCUGACCAAUGCCUUCAAGAUGCUUGCAGGUUAACCGAAAUUCAAUGACUACCAAGGCAUGUUUGCAACUACUUUGAAAACGACCGCCACUUUAAAGUGAAAUUGUAGAUUGUAGUCCUCCUCUGUUUUACCGGGAUGGAAGCUUUAGGUCUAUUAUAGUUCAGUUCUUCAUGUGGACAUGUUCCAAUGACCAAUGGCAAUAAGUUAAGCAGGUAUUGUUUAAGGUUUAGGUAAGUGAUGGAUGGUUUUCUAAUGCAUGUCUGCUCUGCCUGGAGGUUAAACUGCUGACCAUUUCUUAGCCUCUGGUGGCCCAUCUUGAUUAAGUCUUCCCAUUUAGGCUGUUGCUUGGAUACUUGGGUUCUACUGAAGGCAGUCUCUGGAGUCCACAUCUGUUGCUUAACUGCAUUCAUGUUGAACAUUUGCUUUUUGCUGGCCAUGCUAUGCUCUUGGAUGUGAGGGAGCUAAUGCUAUGCAUGCAGUUUCUCUCCUAGAAGGUUAAAAAAGAUAAGGUGACUCACUAAUGCAUAUCUUUGAAAUUCAGCCACUGGGCUGCCGACUGCACUGAUCUGGAAAGAGACAAAUGGCUCUUUAGAGAGAAAUUGACUUUUCGAAAAGGCAUGUGUGUGGUGCUCGAUCAAUCAAUCCAUAAAACACACACUGGCCUAAAGUUUAGCAUGUCAGUCAUCAACUCAGCGGAGAGUCAUCUUAUUCAAGGAGGAUAUCAAGUGAAAAAUAUAAGAAAAAAACCAACCGACUGGCCCAAACUUUUCAGAGAAAAAGCACUGAUCUCCUACACCUGCAAUGUACUUCCUUUCUUUAGAUAGCCUUGCCGAGGGUCAGUUUUUUGACAAUACAUAUUAACCCUAUCUUGUUUAUAUUCAGGUUCUCGCUUAAGUAUGGACAGCAGUGAGUGCUGAAAUCACGUAUCAUUGAUAUCACUACUGAAGAAGAUACAUCGGGCUACUGAGACAAUUGGAGAACUUUCUUGGUAAUGUCAUUGCAAUUAAUGGAAUCGAUGGAAACGCCAAGGACUUUGUAAUGGUUGAAUCUGUUGCUUGAAUGUAUAGCUGAAAAGUGUGUUAAGUUUGAACCUAGGCAGGGCUAUAGUUGUAAAUAUAUAUAAGUGAAGCGGUUCAUGAAGUGAAAAUCACAGAGAUUCCAAUGACAUUACAAUUACAUGUAGUGGACUAAACAUUGGGAAUGUGUAGUUUUCUUGUGAAUUAAUGAGUACAAGGGUCAAAAUGGACCAAAAACAAAAAAAUACAGAUCCUCUCUGGCUUGUAUAGACAGGGAUAUUUCCAUUUUGGCCCUUUCAUUUACCCCCCUGUUGCCCAUUAUAUCAAACACGAUAUUACAUAUGUUCGUUGUUGAUCUGACCAUUUUGAGAAGGUUUCCAGGAACUGGACAAUCUACUGAAAUCGAAACAAUCAUGAAACUGAUAGUAAAAGUACUUAUCAAGAUCUUUCAAGAAAUUAUCAUGGCUGUAGGCUUUGACGGCUCUUAAAGGGAGACUACAUGCAGGAACUAGGGGGUUCAUUUGGUUGUCGCCAGGUGACUCGUAUAUAGUACCUGGGUCUGGUUUGACUUGGUGAUAAAACAAUCCACUUGCAAGUGUAAAUAGUUUGAAUGUACUGACGGUUAGUAGAGACAUCUACUGGCAACUUUGUGACUUAAUCUGACGCACCUGGUUUCAGUCUAUAGUCUCCCUUUAACUGUUGGGGACAAUUUCUGUUUCUCACACUUGACAACAGAUGUCCCACCUCUUAAAGAAUUGAGGUUGGUACUUAAUGUGACAUCCUGUAUAUGUCUGUCUAUAAAAUAUAUGUGUGAAUACUUACUUUUGUAUGAGAGAGAGAGAACAAUUUAUACAUGAAGAUAUAAUACAAAUGUAUAUCUAUUUUAUAUGAAUUUUCGUAGUUAUAUGCAUUUUGAAGACAAGGUCACGAAAUUGCUUUUAACUCAAUGUACAUAUUCAUAUUGUGUGUAAUCAUACAUGCUCUUAUGAUGUUGGAAAUCCAUUUUAGAACUAACUGGUAUUCGUCACAGCUGAAUUUCGUUUAUUGAUAUUCUCACAUUUCCGAGACCAAGUCACAAUCUUGUACAUAAUAUUGUUUGUGAAUGAGCGGUUCAAUUUGGGCUACUGUUAAACCCUUACCCAUUCGCAACCAUGAUUUCCCUAAAAAGCAUAACAUUCCUGCUUCUCCUUUAUCAUUCAUGAAUUAUAUAACAUAGAAAUGUUAACUAACAAGGCAGCAUUUAGAGCAUUCUUUUUAAUUCAGUGGUCUUCCUGACAUGGUAACAAAACUUAAAUUGCUGCUAUAAAUUAAGGGUUUAACAGUAAUGUCCUACAAGACCUCAUCUUCUGUAAACAUGUGAUUAAUUAUGCUACUGUAAACCAUGAUAUUUUCAUAGCUGUUAAUUUUAGCAUAAAAUAUGGUUUUGCGAUUUCAUUACCAUUAAUUUUUGCUAGUAAACUUUCCAUUUAGAAAAUUCGUAGAUCAGUUAUGUUUGUGCCAUUUGAUCCGAUAACACAUACUCAAUAAACCUAAGCGGACAAGAAUUAUUAGACUCCCUUUUUUUGUGGGAAUGUAUUGCCUAUUCAUCACACCAAAAUAUAACGUUCCAUCAGUGUGCUAGAUUUUUCCCAUUCUUAUGAAUAACUUCCUGGUUUGCUAUAAGGUGAUUUGUCAAACCAUGAAGAAUAAAAUUCUUCCCAGGACUGUUGCCCGGUGAAAAUGAUUUUAUAUAGAAUGUCAUAUUGUACCCACAAUAAUGAAAUGACCUAAUUUCUACAUCUGUUGGCAAGGAAAAACCUACAUCAAUAAGUUGUUAGAAAGUUGCUUGUUAACGUCUCUGCCUUGUUUAUACUCUUCAAUCAGGACAUCUCUGAAUGACGUAUCCACAAGGAAAACGUUUAUGAAUACUGAAUGCGAAAAUGAACCUAGUAUUAAUGGUAUUGAAUAUCAUGGGUUUAGUUGGCCAUAUGUACUAUCAAAUAGGCCUAUUGCAUGAUCUGCUCUUUAUUGAUUUAGCACUGCUGUCCAAUUCCUGCUGUGAACAACUGUUUGUGAAUAGAAUACAGUUUCAUAGAAAUCAUUUUGUGUUAAAUACAGUGUUUUAUUUCAAAUCAUAAACAUGAAAUGAAAUUGUCAGCUUUUGAGAAGGUUUCUGCUUGUGUGAUUCUGGUCGAUGUGUUCGACCAAUGUGUUUGUUAUUUAUGGUGUCAGGCUGGUUGGAAGCGCUGCUUAAAGUCCAUAUUGCAAAUUGUGCUACAAGAACGUGCAGUUUGGUCCUUGCCUCAGUUGGUUUUCAUGGUGUCCACUAUUUCCAAUAUCAAGUGGAUACUCUUUCAAGACGGUGUUUUUUGAGUUUUGAGAAUCGACUCUUUAAUGGUGUAUGCAUCCAGUCAGUUUUCAGUUGACUCUUUCUCAAGGAGUAAAGUCUUCAGUUCUUAUUAUCAAAUGCAGAGACAUUAUAAUUAUUACUGUGUAUAUAGUGUGUAUAUUUUUACGUUCCAUGACAUAAUGAGAGGCAGAGUUGAAGGUAUUACAGUCGGAAAAAAAGUGUCCUUUUCUCUUCUCAUGUUGGUAAUAUCCAUGCAACCACAAACAUGCAACUUUUGUCUCAUGCGAUGAUAUAUUGCAGAUCUGGCGAGGCAAAUUCCUCGUUAGCAUGGCGCUUAAUUGCACAAAAGAAUGAAACUUGUGCAGUGAAUGAAUGAAUCAUGGUGAAAAGCGGAAGGUUAGAAGCACUUAUUCCAAUGUGAUCACAAUCUGUGGUGUCACAAUUGUUAUUUUUAAUUGCGUCCUGCAAUAUUGUCAGUGUGGCAAUUAGAUAGCUGUAUUAUGCUCGAUACUCAAAAAAGGGUUUAGAAGGAGUACUUACAUAUGGAUAGGGUGGUUUUGUAAAUGAGUGCCUGAGUGUAAAAGGGGAAAAUAGUUGGCAAGGGAGGGGAGGGUCCCAUUUUGUUUCAAGAUCUUGCAAGUAGCAAACAAAGUUUAGUUUUCUCUCAUAAAAUGUGAUCGGCUGUCAGUAUCUCACAUUGAGACCAGAAACCUCAAUCAUUCUUGCAAUCAGGUUUUCCAUUAUGAUGUUCUAGUGACAGAACAAAUCUAUUUUACAAUUAUUAUGUCUGCAUUUAUUUAUUUGAGUAAUGAAAAUCUGAAUUGGUACAGAGUUUAGCUUAUGGCUUGCUUGUCUAAAAGCUUGUAAGAAUUGUAGGCAUGGAACUAGGCAGACUUUAAGAGGGGGCCUUCUAUGGAAACUUAUCCAGUAUACAUGUACUAAUACAUUCCCUUUCUUUAAAUCGAGGGACCUUCUUUUCUUUUUUCUAAAUAUACGUGUAGCAGUGAGUGUGAGCGACAACUGACCAUUACAAAUCACGUCAUAUUGUCGGUAUUUUACUUUAAAACUUGAAUGCUAAAAUAUUUGGGCUCGUCCUAUAAAUUUUCGAUAAAGGUCAUGAGAAUUAACAGGUAUUCACUGACAGGGUCAUAAUUGAUUCCAUGUACAUAGUUGUACACUGCUAAUGCGGAUGUACUUGUAACAUACUAACCACUUUCAUACGUCAGUAGCAUUUAACCCAAGCUUUUAACGAGCCUGUAUAUUCAUGCAAUUUAUUGAGGCUGCAUUUUGUUCUAGAGCUAUAGUGUAAAUGUGAUACAAAAUAAAAAUAACU